AUGGCCGACCCUCUCCUCACAGUGACCUUGCAGAGGGCCCCUGGUGCCAAGCACCGAGAGGAGCUGCUCCGUGAGCAUGGGCAGAAGGACAGAGCCUCUGCAGACCCGCAGCAGUCCUUGCAGGAGGCACUCUCCUUGCUGGGCAGCGAUGACUGGGAGCUGAAGGAGAAGGGACUCUUCACCAUCCAACACCUGGCUGGGUCCCAUUCAGAGGUCCUGCUUUGUCGACUUCGUGAGGUUUGCUUGGCAGUUACCAGCGAGGUGACCAACCUCCGGUCCAAGGUGUCCUACUCUGCCAUUGUCACUCUGGGAGAGCUCUUUCUGACCUUGAAGAAGGAUAUGGAUGCUGAGGUGGAUGAGGUUGCUCGGAUCCUUCUCCAGAUGGUGCCCAACUCUCCAGAGUUUGUUCAGAAAGCAGCCAGUCAGGCCCUGGGGAUCAUGGUGGAGCAUGUGACUCCUGCACGAGCAAUGACUGCUCUCAUGGACGUGGGAGUCAACAGCCGCCACGCCCCAGUGCGCGAGUGUGCGGCCCAACUCCUCCUGUCCCUGAUGGAAAGAAUUGGAGUCACCCAGCUCGCAGGCACACCCAGGGCUGAGAGGCUGCCACACGUGGCAGGGAAGCUUGCUCAGGACUGUCACAAGGACACAAGCUCUGUACCUCACUGUGCAGUGUCAAGUGAGGGGAUGGAAAACCAGAAGGCUGAAGGCCCAUCUUUCAAGGAGCUGGUGAAGGAGAGGAACAAUGGCUCAAAGGAGCCCCAGGCCACAUUGUCUUCUAACAAACGGGUGAAAUCUCCCUCUGAUGGACAUCUCCUACACCGUGCACAAGCCCAGGUCACGUCACCUCCAGCUGUGGGAGAAACGGAGCUGCUCCAGAAGCUUUACCAUCUCCUGGAAGCCAAGGGGUUUCAGGAAAGGAUGGAAGGAGUGGAACUCCUCCGAGACCUGUGCAAAACCAGCCCCCAGCUCAUCUCCACUAACAUUGCCCAAAUUUUUGAUUAUUUUGUCCUGAGAAUAUCUGACAGCCACAAGAAAGUGAAGCAGAGGGCGCUGGACGUGCUGGCUGAAAUCACAGGAGCCCUGAAAGAUGCCUUGAACCCGGUGAUCAUUGGUUUGGUGGAAGGAAUAACAAAGAACCUGAACUCAAAGGAUCCCAGGAUUCGUGGGGCAGCUGUGAAAGCACUGGAAGAAUCCAUUGCUCAUUUGGAUAAAGUGUCACUGCUGAAAGAGUUCAGCUACCAAUGGAAUCACCUGAGUGGCCAAGCUCUGCUAGAUGCCACCGAGUGUAUCACAGCCAAGGCAGUGCUUGUGCAGUGGGUUCAUGCCAGGAGCCCUGAAGUUGUCCAGCGCGACGCCCUGCCCGUGCUCUGGUCCUUCCUGGGGAACAAGGCGCUGCCUGUGCGGAGCGCCAACGUCCGCACCAUGGCCACCAAGCUCGCCUCUGCCCUCUACAAGGUGAUGGGCAUCCAGCUGAAGAAAUGUGCUGCCAGCAAGCCUCCACAUUUACGGGAAAACCUCUCCAAAAUUCAUGGCAUCGGGGGCCUGAAGCAACUCCAGAUGGAGGACAAGGUGAAGGCAAUCAUGGCUCAGCCUCACACAGAGAUCUGA